UUGAAGUAAAAAAACAAACGGGCAAAAACACCCACAUGUGGCCCUCGGGCCAUAGUUUGAGGACGCCUGCCUUAGGCAAUAGGCCAUCCAACCUUGAGCAGAUUUUAAGCACAGACCUCAUCGUUCAGUCUGGUGGAUGCUAAAUACAUUACAUGGUCACCCCCUAGUACUCCCUUUAUCCCCUUUCCAAGUCUUGAGCCAGCCUCAUUCCCUGAACUUUAAGUUCCACCUCUUGAUCAAGAUGUGGUUUCUCUCUGCAACCCAGAUCUCUGGAGAGGCCAGGCAUUGCCUUGGUUGGUCCUCAGCUUUCCUUUGCCAGGCUGGAAGGGGAAACUGGUCUUCAUAGACCCCUGGCUAUCCGGAGACUCUGAUCAGCAUCCUGAACACUCUAACCAUUCUCUCUUCUUUGCUAAUCAAAGCCCCUGGCUCCUGCCAUAAUUUCUCAGCAUUACUUUCCCAUAUUUCUAAGGUAUUUCGGGUUCCUUCUCCCUCUCUCAUCAGUCCUGCCCGAUCAUGUAAUAUACUGUGCUAGAAAAAUUCAGACAAUUUAGGCAAAGUCUGGCAAUUAGCUCAGCCCCCUAAUUUUUCUCUACACAGGCCAGGAACAUUUGUGAGUAUGAUGAUAUAACCAUAUGGAGCACCCCACACAGAGGGCAUUGGGUGAAUGUGAGUUCCCUUUGCCUUUCCUUAUAAAACCUGGGCUGAGGAGUUCGAGGCUGCAGUGAGCUGUGAUCUCACCACUGCACCCCAAUAAUCUAAGGUGAAACCGUAGUGCUAGCUCUGAAAGGUCCUCACAUUAUAGGGUCUCUUAUUUUUUAAAACAACCUGCUUAGCAUAGUAGCCCAUAUGCAUUAUAUCAGUGCAGGUCUCCUGCCUCUGGCCAAGCUGAAUGUUCCCAAAUUGAAAAUGAGCUUUGUUAGGGAGCUUUAUUUUGCCCCUCCUGCCAGCCAGUUACACUUAAAUUAGCAUGGCUGAAAACUGACUUGGCUUGAAGUGAGGUUUGUCACUGUGCAUACUAUCUCUGAAAUCCUGCUCUGUAAGGUAAUGACAGAAUCAUCUGCCUCCACCUCUUCCCGGACCAGCCUCACCAUUCAUGCCAGUGUUUAACAAGGCCUUGCUCUAUGGAUUGACUUCUAAAAAAUAUUGAUCUUUGCCAGCAAGGCAGCAAGUGACCACCAGAAAGUCUGUGUAUAUCUAAGUACACCUCAGAUUUAAUCUGUCCAAACAGCUGGCUAAGACUUUUUUUUUUUAAGAGACCGUAAAUGAAAGCAGUUAGAAUGGUUUCUUUUGUUCAAAUUCCCCCUCCCAGAGACCAGUCCCAGGAGUCCCUUCACCUGCAUUAUCCAUUAAUGCUGUGAGUUCAUUUUUCCCAAAUAAACAAGCUUUCCUGCCAGAGAAAAUACGCAGUAUGAUUAGAUACAGGGAUGUCCCAGGAUCUGAUUUUGAAACGUGUUCUUCAUGUUUCUGGGUUGACCCUCAGUCUCCUUACUGGGCUCUUGUUGGCAGUGACAGUGUCAUUGCAGCCCUAAUUUCUGAAGGCCCCUUGCUGCUUUAUUAAUCCUUUAUGUGGCGAUCCAGCCUUCUUGAAAGCAUCGUUCGUUUCUGUUUGCUCAGUUUCCUGAAUGCCUCUUCCAGAUCAUCUUUCACCUCUUGCCUCAACCUCUGGGGAUACAUGUGGUUUCUACAUAAUGCACAGAUAUGACUUGGGGGAGGGGAGUCAUGGCUAUGGACUCACACACUUCAGCUGGGGGUCACUGGACUCUGAAAUAGGGGAGGUACUCUUUGAGUGGGCAGGUCAGGAAAGAGGCCAAAAGACCGAUAGGCAAGCUCAGGCUCUGUAGAUUUCCCCACCCGCCAUGAGACAGGGAGCUGUGUGCAUGUGAUGCAUUGUAAGGAAAGUGUGAGCUACAGCUCAUGUGGACCAAAUGACCAUAAAUAACACUUAUGUAUCUGAUUCUGAAUUGGGACAUUAAUCAGAAUAAGAGACCAACGACCAAAUCUUCUAUAGGGAAAAGACCUGGUUCUUCAUCUACCUAAAUGUUGAUCACCAGGGAUCAAUAAACUUUUUCUAUAAAGGUAUAGUGAAUAUUUUCAGCUAUAGGACCAGAUAGUUUCUGUCACAGCUGCUCAACUCUGCCUUUGUAGUUCUCAAGCAGCCAUAGACAGUAUAUAAACAGAGUGGUGGCUGGCCAUAAUGUGCCCACACCUGAGUCUAAAUUCAUUAAACUUACAAACAUCCUCAUGAUUGUUUCAUAAACUGAUGACUGUUCUGUAUGUGGCCAGGCCAUAUGCUAAAUACUUGUUGGGAAUUAUCACAUUUGUCUCAUUCAAAACAAUUCUGUGAGGUUAUUAAUAGUAUGUCCAUUUUACAGAUAAGGAAACAGAGGCUUAGAGAAGUUAAAUAGUAUAACUAUAGGCAGGGCUAGAUUUUGAACAAAGACAGCUUGACUCUAAGCUCGUGCUUUAUACCAUUUCAUAGUACAGUCUACAAUACUUAAAUAAUUAAUAUCUAUAUUCACUUCUAGAUCUUGACAUUAGCCAGUAUUUGGAUCUUAGCAAAAAAAAAAAAAGUACAGAUAAUUGCUUUAAAACCCUUGUAAAUUAAUACAUGCAAGAGUUUGAAAAAUAAUUGUCCAUUAGAAAGUUACCAGAAACUGGGGGCUAUGUUCUACUGUCUUCCCUGGGCUAGUUUUGCUUCUUACCUCCCAAAGAUCAGUGGUAGGAAAUAAGUACACGAAGGCCCAAGGAACUCAGAGGCAAAAGACAGCCAGACUGGGUUCCAGGUCCUAAGACCUCGUGCUCUGAAAAUGGCAAGAUAGAGCUGGGCCUGGAGCAAGCUACUGUCCUUGGCAGGGCCGCCAGCCCAUUGCAUACACAGGUGCAGGCUCCUGGGCUGCCGUUGAUGGAGACACAGUUCACUCUAGUAUGGUCAGGGGAGACUGGAUAAUCAAGAUAAUUCAAGUUUUUUUCUGACUAGUGGUGGUCAUUGGCACACAGGUUGACCAAAUAGAAAUGUCCAUUAAAAAUAGCAGAAACCAUGUUUGGGUAUCUUUUAUAAGAAGUAAACUAUGUUCUGAAGAAAACUUGGAGUAAAAGAUCAGGAAAAGAGUAGUCCAUAUGCUAUCACCUCUAGCAAUGUUUCUUUCCCAAAGUUCUUUCUUCAGACUCAUUGGCAUGGUGAUAGGUGCUGGGGGUGGGAUUUCUGUGGUCCAGUAAAUUUGGGAACUGCCAGGCUAAACAAACUUAAACAGUAUUCUCAAGGAUACAGUAUGUUGUUUUCCCAAAAUGUAUGUUUGGGUUUCGUGUGUGUGUGUGUGUGUGUGUGUGUGUGUGUGUGUGUGUGUCCCCUCUUAAAAGGCUGUUUUUGGGAACACUCUUUGAGAAACCCUAACCCAGAGGCAUUUCCCAGUGUUAACACUUUGGUAAAUUUCUUUAUGGUCCAAGAGUUUUUAAGUGGGUAGAUUAUCAGCAGGAGCAACCAUGGUGGCUAUUAAAUCCAUUUAAAAAAAUUUUUUUUUGUAACAAGAGGUUAUGUAUUUUUUCUCCUUGUGUUUGUGAGUGUUUAACUUAUUUUGAAAUAUUUUAUACUUACAGAAAAAUUGCAAGAACACAAAGGACUCCUAUAACCAACUCUCCAUUUGUUAACAUUUACCAUUUUUGCCUUAUUCUCAAUCUUUGUGUUUGUGUGUACCACAUUAUUAUUGCUCUGAUUUUUGUAUUUUUAAUUAGUGAAAUCUGAAUUAAAAUCCUUUAAUGAACCACAGAUUUAUUUCUUGAAAAUACUUAUAGAAAUUCAAAUUAAGCUAGAAGUUUAUUAAUUUUCCCCAGUUUCUACUUGUGGCUUUAGGUACAUUAUGCUUUUUAAGUGUGUGAAAGGUUAUAAAAUUGCAGGGGAACAUUUUGAUAAGCCUGUAGUUUGCAGUCCUUAUGAGGAAAGAAUUUGUUUUAAAAAAAAGCCAAAGAAGUCUUCAUUUCAGGCCCACACACAAUCCUAAUCAGUCUGGAUUAGUGAAGUUUUAAUUUGAUGUUGUAUGAGGGCUGUCCCAUCCAUUUGCACCCAGUUUGUGGCCCUGUUAGACAGCGUCCUUUGAGAAUUAGAGUUGGCUGUUAGCUGAGGUGGGAGACUCAGCCUGAAAUGCCCUCCCAUGCUUUAGCUUCAGAACUAAAGGAAUAGUGCAGGGGUUCUGGGCUUUAGUGAUCUCUAUUUUGAGUUUCUUGUGGUUACUUGUCGUGUUUUCACAACACAUCAAUGUGAAUAGUUGUUUAAAUGACACUUAAUUUCAACAGUGGUUUCGUUUAAUAUACAUUGGAGCUUCCAUGCCUGAAUUUUUUUUCAGCCAUGAAAUCAAAGCCCUCUACCACCUCCUCCUCCAGAUGGUUUAAGUAACCCAAUUUGAGCAUUAAGUGAGUUGAGCAAACACUGUGCCACCUUACAAAGGGAUUUGUUGGUGUAAGAGACUAUGGAAGUGACUUACAUAACCUCUCGUGGAGCCUUUCCAAAGCCAUAUAAGGAAGCUGGAAAUAGUCACCUUUCCUUCAUACUGUUAACAGUGAGCUCACGAACGAAGCCGGGUCUUGUGUCCUCAAAGAAAGCACAAGGAAACAGUCACCAGACAGCCUUGGGAGGAGAGGAUGCCAGGCCUCUGUUCAGGGGGUUGAUGCAACACUCACAAUGGCCUUGGGACACAUAUCAUACCUUCCGGCUGGAAGGCUAAAACAACUUCAAGUGCAGCUCCCACACCCACAGGCCACUUUGUCUCACUGUGUGAGUAGUGUCCCCCACUCACAUGUGUGGUAGCUGCAUACCUAACUAGAAAAACGCCUUGUUUGUGCAUAAGUUAGAUCAUAGAGACUGAAAAAAUUUUUUUAAAUUUUUUAAAAACAUUUUAUUAUGAAAAUUUUUGAAGAUACUCCAAAGAAGAGAGAAAAAUACAGUCAACCUGCAUGUAUAUAUACUCACCACACAGAUGCAGCAAUUUAUCGAGAUUUUGCCACAUUUCUUUAGCCCCUCCCCUUUUUAUUUUUUUUUACUAAAAUAUUCACAAUUCCCAGAUAGCAUAUCACUUAUCUCUGAGAUACUUCAGUGUACCCCGAUAAAAAGUAGACAUUUUAUAAACACAAUGCCACUAUCACACCUAACAAAAUUAAUCCAGGGACUAAAAUUUUGAUAUUUAGUUUUUACAUAGUCCCUGAAACUGGGUAACCUUACAACACAAGAAUCAACACAAUCCAUGCUUAUACUAAUUUAACUGAUAAUUUGAAAGAGGGGGAUCCUUGCUCUUAAUUCUGGACAAAAUUAUUCGGUUUAGGGAUGCGGGUUGGUGAAGAACUUGCACUUGUGGUUCAACAGACCAAUCUCAGGUAUUGAGCUGUGCCAUUUGCUUCCUGGGCAUUUCAUACUCUCAUCAAUGAUUGAUAAUCAUAACUUACAGGAAUUUUUUUAAACAAUAUUUUAAUUGGAAAAAGCAUCUGUCAGCUGUCAGGCUUCCAGUUUCCACUUUUGAGAAGCAGGAUGUUGAAUGUGAGUAAUGACACAACAGGCCUAUAAAAUGCGGACUAACCCUCGGAUGAGUCAUCCGGUACAAUGCAGUAUAUUUGUCAAGGAGACUGAAUCAUAUAUGGGGGAAACCACUUCUCAGGCAGCCAGCUGGUUCUCAGGUCAGCAAGAGACGAUCCAUUUUUAUCGGAAGCUUUAUAGUAGCAAUAAUGCUAAUACCCAGCACUUGGGCUCUACAAUGUAGAGGAAAUGGCAUCGCCCAGCAGUGACAGCUAUAUUGUGCGUGUCAAGGCUGUGGUUAUGACCAGAGAUGACUCCAGCGGGGGAUGGUUCCCACAGGAAGGAGGCGGGAUCAGUCGCGUCGGGGUCUGUAAGGUCAUGCACCCUGAAGGCAAUGGACGAAGCGGCUUUCUCAUCCAUGGUGAACGACAGAAAGACAAACUGGUGGUAUUGGAAUGCUAUGUAAGGAAGGACUUGGUCUACACCAAAGCCAAUCCAACGUUUCAUCACUGGAAGGUUGAUAAUAGGAAGUUUGGACUGACUUUCCAAAGCCCUGCUGAUGCUCGAGCCUUUGACAGGGGAGUGAGGAAGGCAAUCGAAGACCUUAUAGAAGGCUCAACAACAUCAUCUUCCACCAUCCAUAAUGAAGCUGAGCUUGGUGAUGAUGACGUUUUUACAACAGCUACAGACAGUUCUUCUAACUCCUCUCAGAAGAGGGAACAACCUACUCGGACAGUCUCCUCACCCACAUCCUGUGAGCACCGGAGGAUUUAUACCCUGGGCCACCUUCACGACCCAUACCCUACAGACCACUAUCACCUCGAUCAGCCGAUGCCAAGGCCCUACCGCCAGGUGAGCUUCCCGGACGACGACGAGGAGAUCGUGCGCAUCAACCCGCGGGAGAAGAUCUGGAUGACGGGGUACGAGGAUUACCGGCACGCGCCGGUCCGGGGCAAGUACCCGGACCCCUCGGAGGACGCGGACUCCUACGUGCGCUUUGCCAAGGGCGAGGUCCCCAAGCACGACUACAACUACCCCUACGUGGACUCUUCAGACUUUGGCCUUGGCGAGGACCCCAAAGGCCGCGGGGGCAGCGUGAUCAAGACGCAGCCCCCGCGGGGCAAGUCCCGGCGGCGGAAGGAGGACGGCGAGCGCUCGCGGUGCGUGUACUGCAGGGACAUGUUCAACCACGAGGAGAACCGGAGGGGCCACUGUCAGGACGCGCCCGACUCCGUGAGAACUUGCAUCCGCCGGGUGAGCUGUAUGUGGUGUGCGGACAGCAUGCUCUACCACUGUAUGUCGGACCCCGAGGGAGACUAUACAGACCCUUGCUCGUGCGAUACUAGCGACGAGAAGUUUUGCCUCCGGUGGAUGGCUCUUAUUGCCUUGUCUUUCUUGGCCCCCUGUAUGUGCUGUUACCUGCCUCUUCGGGCCUGCUACCACUGCGGAGUGAUGUGCAGGUGCUGCGGCGGGAAGCACAAAGCCGCCGCCUGACUUGGUUUCUCUCCCUUCUCCCCCCUCCAUCCACAACCGCAGGGGAACUCGUUGUCUCUCACAUACUGUCAUCUCCUCCCCUGCUCCCUUCCACUCCGAGGCGCGAGGAGAGCAAGAGGCCCGCCAGCUCCCUGGUUCCUUGGGGCACCGUUCCAGCCAGGGGCACCUGCCGGGUGUGCUCCACCGCCCCAGCCCCCACACUGCAUCAGCCACGCACCCAUGCACAUGCCCACACGGUGUUCUAAGGAAGGAACCUUCGGCAUAGACUCGUGUAUUAUUAACAAUCUGGAACCAAGCUCACUGUCUUACCAUGUGUCGAUUUCCUCUUUCCUCCCCCACCUCUUCCAGUUCAAAGGUGUCUGCAGUUGGAACUAAUGAUUUUUGGUGGGUUUUGUAGUUGUUUUUUUCCCAAGAGUACGAAGACUAUCUUUCUCUUGGUUCAGCUUGCCAGUUGCUAGCAAGCAUCAGGUGCCUGCGGAUGUGUGAUGUCAGAAUGAUGAAACCCUACCGGAAGCAUUUAAACCUGCAGUCACUUACUAUGUAUAGGAGGUGAGCUAGUUAACAAACUUGUACCACAAAACAAUAUUGCUUUAACUUUUCUAAAGCCAAAUUUCCCAUGUAAGCUGCAGUUUCUAUCUUUAGCCCAUCAUCAUUUUCUGCACCCAAAAAAAUCUGUCGAAAUUAUUCGCUGAUGCAAAACAUUCACCCGUAAAAUGACUGAGAAUCAAGCCUUAACUUCAGAUUAACUUGUAAGAAUUAGGAAAAUUCCUUAAACUGCAUUGCAGCCUCUUGGACUAGGGCUAGAAAGGGGAUUUCAGGUUUCUACUAGCCUCCCCAGUUAUCCCUAAAGUAGAACUUUUUAAAAUUGUGUUGCUACCACUUCUAAAAAUUUCACAAUAUUAGAAUGACACUAAUGAAGUAAGAAAUUUUGCUCGUAUUUUGCAAAAUAGUUUACUCAAACACAAACCAGUGUUCUAUGAACAAGUUCCAACUGAGAAACACUAAGGUUGUGGUGAAUAAAACUAUAGGAGCUUCCUUCCUCUCCCCCCCCCAUGGCUAUUUUAUAUUAACUGGGGGGAGUGGAUUUUAAAUGUCAUAAUAUUUGAAGAGUGGUGGGUUGCAUUUUGUUCAUGGGUUUAUGUUUUUGUUGUUAUUUUGGACUCAAUUUCACAUCACCAAAUUCUUCAUUUAUACUUGGGGAAAAAACAAGGCCAUAUGUAAAAACCCUUCCAAUGCCUAAGUGUCUUUCUCCUGCAACUCCAAACCCAAACUUGCCACUUUGGGUGCACAGAUGGUUAGGUCAGCCGACUGGUUCUGCCUGUCGCCUCACCACGUAGGAGGUUUCUAAUUAUCUGGAAAAGAGUAUUUUUCUAAUAUAUUGCAAGAAAUAGCCAAAUCUUCUUAUUGAAGAAAGCAGUCAAGAGUGGUUACCUGUACCUAGCAUAGUACAAUCAGAACCUCGUGGAGGCCACAAGGGACGGGCUUGUCAACGCUGGCUGUUCUUCCUGCCAUGAUCUUUCUGUGGUAAUGGCCAGCAAAAGGCAUCGCCCAACUCUCCCGUCCUCCCUUUCCCUGUCCCUUCUUUCUUGCACACAGGACAUCAGUCUUCAAGGAAAGGGACUUUUUUCCAGUCUGCCAAUCAUAUUAGGAAAGUGCUAGCCAUGCUCACCUCCAUGGGGGUAUUUUCGGCUCCUCUGCGAUCCCAUGGUGUUUCUUUAGUCUGAUCAGCAGUGUAAAUACCCAGUGUGCUUAUGAGUUAGUUGGUUAGACAUUUUUAUUUGUUGGAGUAACUGAUUUGGGCUUUCCAGUUGGAAAAGGAGCAGAGAGCUGUCUGGACAGAUGGAUGGAAGAAAAGAGAACCUCUUCCAUGCCUGGAGAACAUCUAGAAAACCUUCAGCCAGCCUCCAGCACUGUCGAGAGACCAUCUUCCCCACCCUGAGGCAUUUCCUCAGGGUCUUUCUCUAGGGUCUUCUCUCUACAAAGCACAACACUAAUACAUGUUUCCUUAGACCUCAGUUCAAGUGCCCCUAUUUAUUUCAGUGAGAACACACAUAUCCUAGCUGCUUUUUGAUUGUCACCUCUAGUCGUUAUAUGUUUCUUUCUUCCUUCACGCUUUGUUCUUUUCUACCCUUUAACAAUUUUGCUAGCAAAUCUUACUCCACGUGUACCUUUUGGUUUGUGAAGGCAGUGGUUAAGGGCACAAAGACAGCCAUGGGGACAUUUAUGUAAAUACGUCUCUCUAAUUGCCACACUGCAGCUGAACAGUGUGUAGUAUUUUCCCAGUCAGCUUUGCCAUACUGACGUCAAUCAUUUGAGAGAAAUUAUUCAGAUUUUAUUUUUGUAUCUGUGGUAACAAAACAUUAACCAAAAGAUUUUCUGUCCAGAAGCUUCCCCGACUCCCCCCCAAGCUGUUUGCUCACAUUAACAAAUUAAAGUGCCUGAAGCAUAAUUCAUUCUUUACCUGUAUACUAAAAACCCUGUUGUAUUGAUUUUUUUAUAAUAAGCCUUUUUACCUCUGUGUAAAAAAUAUAUAUACAAGUGUAUGAUGUACAUUUUAGUUCUUAACUUUUUUUUAUGGUUUCUAAUAUGUAUGACCAAUGUAGUCAUUGCUUUAAAAUUGUACCAUGUAAAUAUAAACACAUCCUAUCAGA